AUGCUAAAUGGAUUUUUCUUAUCCAAUCAAAUCACAUUUGACAGUUUGACGUGUUUUGUACAUCUGAAGAAGACGGUAGUUUCUGAACUACACAUUUACUACUCCAAUUCCCAUAUUUAUAAAUCGUUUAAACUAACUCAAGAGAGAUCAAUGCUUAUAUGCAAAUGGGUAUGUUAUUUGUUUUCUCAGUGGACGUCGAGUGAAAAAAUUGAAUUACUUACAAAAUUGUUAUUCACUACUUCUUUAAGUGAGCGAAAGAAAAUCUAUCAAAUUGUCAAAUCAAUUGUUCCGGAAACUGCCAUUGAUUUCACGAGAAUUUUGCCGCGUAUUGUUUCUACCUACAUAUUCUCUUUUUUGGACCCUCGUAGUCUUUGUAGAGCAGCUCAGUCAAACAUAUUUCAGAUGCCUAAAAUUAACACACGUUUAACUAAUAACAUAAUAAUAGGCAUAGCUGGAGCAAAUGCAUAG